AGUUACGUCAGAACACAAAGAAAUGUAAUUAAUCAGAAAUGGCACUCUCUGGGCUUCUGCCAUGACAGCUGCGCAGGUCUGGUGGGAACCCUCUGGUCCGUUACCCAACACAUUUGCCCUCAUUUCCCUUCAUUCAGUUUUUUCGCCUUGUGUAUGGUGACUUUCUUCUAUUUUCUCUGCUUUUUUUGACAUUUUAUGGGCGGUCUUCGUAUUGAUUUUUUGAAAAAUGGGAAGCCAGUCGCGCCAAGCCUGUCAGGCUCCUCGGUGCCGACAGACAGCAGAUUGCGAUCGAACUCUGUGAGAUAUGCCGGUCAACUCUGAACCACGCGCGCCGAUCAGAGUUCUUCAAGUAUGCUCUUCCUGUCUUCAAACGACAUUACAACUGUUGAUGUCUUCGACAAAAUAGCCCCGCCACUAUUCACACGGCACAUUCAAUCCAUUAAUCUUGUGCGUCGUUCCGCUACCUGUCACACUUCUACUGCCUUCACCUAGUCUAAUUAAUGCUUUUUAAUUCUUCUUCUUUUUUCUUUUUUUAAAAUAAACCCAAAAUAACCAUACA